CCCGUUUGGAACCUGCAGACAUAGGAAAGUGAAAAACAAGAGUCUACAUUUUAAUACGAAAUUUUAUAGUAUUUUUAAAAAGCAUAUAAAGACCCGUAACACAUAAGUUAAUGUUUUGUUUUGUCUAAAAUAGUCCAAGUGGGUGGUACCUUCUGGAGUUCGAGUAAGCUCCGCCACGUGACGUGGAGAUGACCAAUCGGAUGCAUCUCCAGGUUUAACUACGUUAAAUGUCAGAUUGCAAUAAACUAGAAGCUGUUGGUCAGGCCCGCGGAAAUGGGCGAGCAUAAUCUCCUUAAUCCUGGGUUUGUGGGACCUUUGGUAAACAUCCACACUGGAGAUACGUUUUACUUCCCGAAUUUUAGAGCCUCGGGGGGACAACUGGCGGGGCUACCAUCUCUCUCGUACCCAAGAAGGGACAAUGUGUGCUCCCUCCCGUGGAAUCCAUCGGAGUCGUGCAAUGGAUAUCCUCAGUCUUACUUUGGCAGCCCUCUGUCCAUUAAUCCGUCUUUCAACCGAUCUUGUGCUGAAACAGCCCGACCGGAGGAGAAAUGUUAUUAUGGCGGCAGCGGCGGCAACAGAGAGGCUUGCUCGGACGGCACAGUCAGCCUAAAACGAGAGGAGAGAACAAGGGAGACAUCAGUAUCAUCAGAUCACGGGGUGCACAAUGGGAUGGGCAAUAGUAGUACCUUCAACAAGUAUGACUAUGGCACCGAACAUCUGACCCCAAACCCGCCGUCAUGUCAGUCUCUCGAAUCCGAUUCCAGCUCCUCGUUGCUCAAUGAUGGAGGAAAAAGCACGGCAAGCGAUACACAGACCCUGAUAUCUCCCGCAAAUCACACGAGCAAUAUCUCAACAGGAGGAGGUGCCCCGUGGUAUCCUAUGCACACCCGAACCCGCAAGAAACGAAAGCCCUAUUCUAAAUUGCAACUGGCCGAGCUGGAGGGCGAGUUCAUGCUAAACGAAUUCAUCACUCGGCAACGGCGGAGGGAGUUGUCAGACAGGCUCAGCCUCAGUGACCAACAGGUUAAGAUCUGGUUUCAGAAUCGGAGAAUGAAGAAGAAGAGACUGUUGCUGAGGGAACAGGCCUUAACCUUCUUUUAAGCAGUCGUUUAUUAGUAGCCCCACACCAAUCAUCCACUGUGGAUAAUAUUAAAACAGCUCAGUAUUAUUCUCAAUAGUCUUUAUUUUUAAGGUUUAAUAUUUAUGCAUUUUUGCUUAAUAGCAAAAUGCAUAAGAAAGCAGAAAUUAUUUCAGGGAAGGAGACCAAAUGUUUGCAGGAAAAAAGCUCUGUUGAUAUGACACUUUGUAUUGUAAUAUAGGCUAUGUAUUAAAGUGGAUGCAGUGUUUCUCGUGGUGUCUAGAGAAAAUGUAUGUUAACUUGCGUCGUUUGAAAGAGACGUGCCCUUGGCCACAUUUCCUCUCCACUUCGAAUUGCAAAAUGUUGCAAGUUAUAUUUACUCAAAGUUAAACUGUGAGAUAUUCAAUCAAAGCGAAAGUAUAUGCCUGUAUUUAACUGGCAAUUAAACGUGCUUUGUGAGAUGUACUGUCAAUAAUAUCAGCUAUUUAUUACAUCGUAAAAUUACAAAUAAUCUGCAAUAUCUACUUGCGCAUUGUUCAGAAGUAAUUUUACUCAGUAUUCCAUGAAAACAAAUAGUUAGCGUGGUCUUAAAUGAAGCUCGCUAACGACUGUUGCCCUUUAUAGCCAUGGCACUGCAUAAAAGACCUUAAUUUUCACGAACCUUACUAUUUCAGUGGGCGUAGUCCUUAAUGCUGAUCUUUGCAACUAGGAAGUGGAAGAAACCUAAAAACAGUGUGGAGCGGAAAAUCACGAAAAUCAUGUCUCUCACCAUGUGUUCCCUUGCACGUUCAUGGUCAUGGGCACAAAGUCAUUCAUCUAGAUGAUCAGCAUAUCUGAGAGACUUCAAAACCAUACCGCAGCUGGAAUAUAUUCUGUCAGGUGAUCGAUGCCAUGUUGUCUCUCUCAAGCUCAUUGCUUUUAGGCACGACCUCAAUCAGACUUUGGUCAAGACUGGUAUUAAGACUGGUAUAACUGUGCUGGUAUAAGACUGGUAAUACUGUGUUGGUAUGUCUGUGUAUUUGGUAACACC